CUCACAAUCCAUCGUUGUAUCACAGCACAGGCUUUUCUCAGCUCCCGUUAAAGAUUAAACACAAUGGCUGCCUCUACAAUGGCUCUCUCCUCUCCAUCUCUGGCCGGAAAGGCCGUGAAGUUGGCCCCUUCCGCCGCCUCUGAACUUCUUCUUGGCCAAGGGAGGGUCACCAUGAGGAAGACUGUGGUCAAGCCCAAGCCUGUCUCAUCUGGCAGCCCAUGGUAUGGCCCUGACCGUGUCAAGUACUUGGGUCCCUUCUCCGGUGAGCCUCCAUCCUACCUCACCGGUGAAUUCCCUGGUGACUACGGGUGGGACACCGCCGGGCUCUCUGCUGACCCAGAGACCUUUGCCAAGAACCGUGAGCUGGAGGUCAUCCACGCCAGAUGGGCCAUGCUUGGAGCUCUUGGGUGCGUCUUUCCUGAGCUGCUUGCACGCAAUGGUGUCAAGUUCGGCGAGGCUGUGUGGUUCAAGGCCGGUGCACAGAUCUUCAGUGAGGGCGGGCUGGAUUACUUGGGCAACCCAAGCUUGAUACACGCCCAGAGCAUUCUGGCCAUCUGGGCAACACAAGUUAUCUUGAUGGGCGCUGUUGAGGGCUACCGUAUUGCUGGUGGGCCACUCGGUGAGGUGACUGACCCACUUUACCCUGGUGGCAGCUUCGACCCACUUGGCCUUGCUGAUGAUCCUGAGGCUUUUGCUGAGCUCAAGGUGAAGGAGAUCAAGAACGGCAGACUUGCCAUGUUCUCCAUGUUUGGUUUCUUUGUUCAGGCCAUUGUGACUGGCAAGGGACCCUUGGAAAACCUGGCUGACCACCUUGCUGACCCUGUCAACAACAACGCCUGGGCCUACGCAACCAACUUUGUCCCUGGAAAGUGAGUCAGAGGGAAGAAACUGUAUUGAGAACGCGAGAUUAUUGUUGGUGAUGUAAAUUCAUGGAAAGGAUGUGAAUUUUGUGUAUUAGUAGUGCGGACGGAAUAUUUUCUCAUCUGUUUUGGUUUUUAAAUCCAGGUCUCUUCUUGUCAUCUUCUUUCUUUUCUUUAAUAUUUAUUAAUUAAGAGUUUGACGCUGCAGUUCCCAGCUCAGCUCAUUGUUCUA